AUGAUGGCUAUUCACAUCGCGGGAGGAAUAUCUGGUGCUCACUGUAGCCCCGUCGUCUCGAUCAACUUCUUCGUCUUCAGAGGCUUUCCCGCUCGUAAAACCAUCAUCUACAUACUGGCGCAAAUCUUUGGAGCGUUCUGUGGCAUCCUGAUUGCAUUCGGCAUCUACAAAGACGCUAUCCAGAGUUACGAUCCGGGAAGGACUUUGACAUCUGGAAAAGCUAUCUUUACUUUACCGAACGAUUUUACCAAAGGAUCGACGGCCUUUUUCACCGACUUUACUUCGGCGGCUGUCAUGAGUGGCAGUGUACUAGCUAUGGGUGAUAGUUACAAUGCACCUCCAGCUGCUGGUAUGCAUGCGUUCAUCAUGGGUCUAGUAGGGACGGCCGUUACAGGCUGCCUUGGAUACAAUACUGGCCCUCAGGUCAAUCCCGCCAAGGACAUUGCUUCUCGGGUUGUCGCAUCCAUUGUCGGUUAUGGGCCAGAGAUGUGGCAGGGUGGCUGGUGGGCUAAAGCGUGGAUUGCUGCCAUCUGUGGUGGUCUUUUCGGAUGUCUGUUAUACGAUGUCGCCAUUUACGAAGGUCCAGAGUCCCCCGUCAACUAUCCAAAGCAUAAGGUUAGGAAAUCAGCGAUGGGCAAUAAGGCCAAAAUACUGGAGACGGGUAUCCUUGGAAGGAAGAAGAGACUGCAGGCGAAAGAAGACCUAGAGAACGGCCUCGUUGGUAUCAACAGUAGACGAGCUGGACACGGUCUCAGUGGUCACCCGAAGUGA